AGUGGUUGCUAUGAGGAUACCACUUCUCCCUCUAUAUAAGUCGGGUGAAAUUAUUGACCCGAUUACAUGGGUCGAUUGAAUAGGAACGUCUCUUUUAAUAGACCGACGGAGUCUGUGGCGAAGGAGUAACAAAGGUUCUUCGAUGGAGGUGAAUAGAAGAGAAGAAGGAAGAGAUCCUCAAAUUGAGAACCCUAGCGGCCCCAAUAACAAUCAGAGCAAAGUAUACAAGGGAAAGUCAUGCAAGGGAUGCCUCUACUAUUCUUCGGUUCUCAAUUCCAAAUCCCGGAGUCCAACCUGCGUUGGCAUACCCAGAACCCUCCCCCAAGUGCCUAACUAUAUUGUGGGAGAAACCAAGUCAGAAGCUUCAAAAGAGGGCCGCAAUCUUGCGGACUUCAAGUAUGCUUGUGUUGGGUACUCAAUAUACUUGGAAAAUAAAGAUUCUUUGACCGAUCAGAAGAAUAGACCAGCAGAAUUGCCAUUCUGUGUUGGUGUCGAGGUAUUGCUGGAUAAAAGACCUUCAACAGCUGGCCAUGUUCCUGCUCACGUUCAUAAGAGUGGAGACGGUGCUACUGUUCCUGAACACAGGCCAACAACUCAUUCCACAGGGGAGGACUUCUUAAGUAGGUUCAAAAGAAGUGCAGGCCUUGUUGCAUCAGGAGUUGUAAGAAAUGCCAACAGAGUGGGCAACCACAUAAAGCAGAGUCUGGAUGACAUGUUGUUUAGACGACCCAAAUGAAAAUCUCUUUUAUCAAAGUUGUCAUAUAAAUCAAGAGUGGAUCACACGGUAUGAAAAUUGGCAUCUUCCAUUAUUGCCAAUCAAGGUUAAGUUAUUUUUUGUUUUCCUUCUAAUUAUGUUUAGUAUUGCCAUUGUAGAGCAACAAGAGACUCAUCUUUCAGUUGCUGUAACAGACACUUGCCUUCAUAAUUUCUUCUAGUAAUAAUGGUGCAUAGGGUUUUGAUGCACCAUUUUGCUGUUUUGGACA